AUGGAGGCGGGAAAACCCUUCACAGCCGAAGACACCAAACUCACACACGCAACUUUGUUUCCCCACGCUGCAACCCGCACGUUCAUCGCAUAUAUCUUCGGACAUGGAACAAGGAUCUACGGGCCUGCGAUUGCCACUUCACGGCAGGGUCAAAGUGAGAAGAGCAACGUCUCAACGCCUUUUGGCUGGUUCGGCCUUUCCAACCAACGGGGAGAAGAAGAGGAGGAAAAAGGGAAAGAAGUAAUGGUGGAUAUCCCGGCGGCCUGCAAGAGGCGCAAGUCAUCUCUCUGGGUAAUGCUGUACCCCAUACUCCGUACUGAAGUGCAGGUGGAUGGAGGGGAUGGUCAAUGCUCGAGUAUUCGUACUCAGAGUCCGAUUUGCAUAACCAGAUAG